AUGCCUGAACCAGCAAAGUCUGCUCCUGCUCCGAAGAAGGGCUCUAAGAAGGCUGUAACCAAGGCCCAGAAAAAGGAUGGCAAGAAGCGCAAGUGCAGCCAUAAGGAGAGUUACUCGGUGUAUGUGUACAAGGUGCUGAAGCAGGUCCACCCAUAUAUCAGCAUCUCCUCCAAGGCCAUGGGCAUCAUGAAAUCAUUCGUCAACGACAUCUUUGAGCGCAUCGCAGGUGAGACUUCUCGCUUAGCCCAUUACAACAAAUGCUCGACUAUUACCUCCAGGGAGAUUCAGACGGCCGUCUGCCUGCUGCUUCUGGGAGAGCUGGCCAAGCACGCCGUUUCUGAGGGCACCAAGGCAGUCACCAAGUACACCAGUGCCAAGUAAACUUAAGCAAGUAGGGA